GGGAUGCCGGGAGCACGGGGGAUGUUGGGCAUAAGGGGGUGCUCGGGGCAUGGAUGGGGUGCUGAGGAAUCCGGGAGAGAUGCUCAUGCAUGGAGGGGAUGUUUGGACAUGGAAGGGAUGUUUGGGCGUGGAGGGUGAUGUCCAGCACAGGGGGUGCUCACUGUGGGAGCGCUCGUGCUUCAUAGGGGGUGAUUAUACUCGGGGGCAUGCUUGGAGCCCGCAGGACGGGGGUGAUGGAGGUGGCACUGUGCUGGCACCACCCGCUGCCCUCCACUCGCCUGCGCUGCGCUGCUUCGGGGCUGCCAUCCCCACACCACACUCUGCUCCCCACAGGGGCUUCAGCUACGUGGACCUGGUGGAGGGGCUGCGGGACGGGCGCUUCUACGCACUGAAGCGCAUCCUGUGCCACGACAAGGAGGACCGGCAGGCCGCCCUGCGCGAGGUGGAGAUGCACAACCUCUUCCAGCACCCCAACAUUCUGCGCCUGGAGGCCCACUGCCUGGUGGAGAAGGGUGCCAAGCACGAGGCCUGGCUGCUCCUGCCCUACGUGAAGGGGGGGACCCUAUGGAGCGAGGUCGAAGCGCUGCGGGAGAAAGGAGCCUUCAUGCCGGAACAGCGCAUCCUCCUCAUCCUCCAUGGCAUCUGCAGUGGGCUGCAGGCCAUCCACAGCAAGGGCUAUGCGCACAGGGACCUCAAGCCUACCAAUGUGCUGCUGGAUGAGGACGACCGGCCUAUUCUGAUGGACCUGGGCUCCAUGAACCGUGGCCGCAUGGAAGUCACCAGCUCUCGGGAGGCCAUGGCUGUGCAGGACUGGGCUGCCCAGCGCUGCACCAUCUCCUACCGUGCCCCUGAGCUCUUCACGGUGCCCAGCCAGUGCGUCAUCGAUGAGCGCACGGAUAUUUGGUCCCUAGGCUGUGUGCUGUACUGCAUGAUGUUCGGGGAGGGCCCCUACGAUGCCGUCUUCCAGAAGGGUGACAGCGUGGCCCUAGCGGUGCAGAACCCCAUCACCAUCCCCACAACUUCCAGGUACUCGGCUGCCUUGCACCGCCUGCUUUCCUCCAUGAUGACGGUGAGCCCCCAGGAGCGGCCCAGCAUCGAGGACAUCCUACAGCAGCUGGAGGGGCUGCAGGCCACACCGGCCGGCCAGGUCACCACGAGCAUCUGAGCGUGGCCCAUCGCUGGCCUAGGCCAUGCCAGGCUGCCCUGGGCCUACUUCCCCCUGGGACUGCCCCUGAGGGGAUUUCUGCACCUGGGGGAGAGCUGCUCCGUGCUGGAGAUGUUUUGGAGUCAGACUUUGCCGUUUGGGGGUGUGCGGUGCGGUGGUUUGUACCCUGAACGCUGCCGCUGGAGCCUGCAGGGCCGCUGUGGUCUGCAUGGCUGCUGGGGCCCACACGGCCCAGUGCUAAGCUGCAGGACUGGCACACGUGGCCCGCUGCUGAGGGCAAGGCCUCGCUGCCUGCUCUGAGCCCACAGGGCAGCAGGUCACUCCUGCCCUGGGGUAUGGCUGCAGCCAGGCCCAGCACUGUGCUGCUGGAGCGAGGCAGGGGCUGGCGGGGCUCGGUGCCCGCUGCCCUGGCACCCACGUUGCCUUGUGUUUUGAGUAAAGGUGUUCUCGCAGA